AUGCUAGGGACAAUAAAGAACAACAAGAACGCUAGGAACAACAAGAACAUGAAGAACGCUAGGGACAACAAGGACAGCGACAACGGUAGGAACAACAAGAAGAGGAAGAACGGUAGGAACGACGAGAACAGGAAGAACACUAGGGACAGGAAGAAUGCCAGGGACAGGAAGAAUGCCAGGGACAGGAAGAAUGCCAGGGACGGGAAGAACGCUAGGGACAGCAAGAACACUAGGAAUGACAAGAACAGGAAGAACGCUAAAGACGGCAAGAACACUAGGGACAGCAAAAACGCUAUGGCCUCAGAGGGGCUGCUCUGA